ACGUCACCUGUGAGGGCCUCCUUGUUUUGGUUACAUGUUGCUAGUUAGCUUUAGCGGCGGUGAACUGGGGCGAUUUUACCUCAAGCCCUCUGCUGUGACUAUUACUGUUAUUAUUAGUGUUAUUACUGCUGCACUGACCGCGUAGGGAUGGUGGUGGGAGGUGGUGGGAGGUGAUCGACUGGUUGAGAGGACUCCUGUAGGUCUAUGUAUCGACACCCAAACAUAAGCUAUGCCGGUUCAGCUGCAGCCCCGGGUCGACCCAUGUUUGUCCGUCCUCUGAGCGUAGUGGGCUCUGCUCAAACUCAGCUUAUUGCCGGUGUGUGGAGACCCUGGUAUCAGCCCACGUGUUCAUGGUGGAGUGGUCAUCCAUACCAACAGCAGCCCCACUGCCUCAGCAUCAGCAAGAAACACUCUUCCUUUAGCUGGAGAGAGUGGAGGCGACCCAACACUUUUCUCCAAGGCGGCCUUCCUCUCUCUACUGGGCAAAUGGACCAAUCAGAUAAAGACCCCCCAUUUAAAAGGAGGAAGAGCACUGAGGAAAAGGUAACAGGGGAACAGGUGAAAGUACAGCGCAGUCCUAAGCGCUCAGUACCAGGUGAAAACCGGGAGCAGAGUCCACCAUGGCUAAAAAAUGUUGUUGGCGUGCCGCUGAAACCUGGGAAAUUCCCACCAAGUUCCGCGAAUAAAACAGAGUUAAAGCGACGUUGGGAGGACCUCUCUCUACCCUAUGGCUGUGGACCACAGGCAGACGGAAGCAUACAUAAGCAGACCUUUGAUUUUUCAGUGAUGUCCUACAAUAUUCUCUCCCAAGAAUUGCUCCUUAGCAAUGCUUACCUUUACAAACACUGUAACCCACGCAUACUGGAGUGGAGGUACAGGUUCACCAAUAUCAUCAAAGAGCUGGAACGACACAAUGCAGAUAUUAUGUGUCUUCAAGAGGUGCAAGAAGACCACUAUCAAAAGCAGAUCAAACCCAUGCUAGAAUCUCUAGGCUACCACUGUGAGUACAAAAGACGAACUGGCAGAAAGCCCGAUGGCUGUGCUGUGGUCUUCAGGCGUGACCGAUUUUCCCUACUCUCCUGUCACCCUGUGGAAUACUUCCGUCAAGGAAUCCCUUUGCUGGACCGGGACAAUGUAGGUUUGAUCCUCCUGCUUCAACCUGUGGACCCCUCAGGCUCUGCCUGUAGCAUUUGUGUGGCCAAUACACAUCUGCUAUACAACCCCAGGCGUGGCGACAUCAAGCUUUCCCAGCUGGCCAUGCUGCUGGCGGAGAUUAGCCGUGUGGCCCGGCUAGCUGACGGAGGCUCCUGUCCUGUGUUGCUCUGUGGAGACUUUAACUCCGUGCCCCAGUCUCCCCUCUACAGAUUCAUCAAGGAGAGCAAGCUGGAGUAUGUAGGCAUGCCUAUUGGGAAGGUUUCAGGACAGGAAGAAAGCUCUAGAGGGCAGCGUAUCCUUGAAGUCCCCAUUUGGCCUCCCAGCUUGGGCAUCUCUCAGCGGUGCCAGUAUGAACUCCGGUCCAAAGAAAAGAAUUUGCAGCAGGAAGCCUCAAUCAACAGUCUGAACAAAGCCAGCAUCGAGCACGGUCUGAAGCUAAGCUCAGUUUACUCACACAAUCUGAAAGAGAAUGGGCAGCCUGAAAUCACUACCUGUCACUCAAGGACAGCCAUCACUGUGGAUUACAUCUUCUACUCGGCAAAUCAGAAGGAUGCCUCUGGUCAGACAGAAUGCAGUGUGCCGGCAGAGCGAGGUCUGCAGCUGCUAGCCAGGCUGGCCCUGGUUACCGAGGCCGAGCUGGGAGAGGUCAACAGCCUGCCCAACCAGCACAACUCCUCUGAUCACCUGCCCCUUAUCGCUCGAUUCCGGCUACACUCAUGAUCCAGCGUUUAAUAAGCUUUUAAUAAGUUUGGACUGAUUACACUGAUCGUUAGUUUCUGCAUUAUGGUGCAGCAGAUCUAAGGGGAGAAAACAGAGACAUUUCACUUGCAUAUGUAUUCCCCUAAUUUGCAUGAUCUGUAGGACUAGUAAAUGUUUUUUCCCCCAAAGUACAUUAAAAUUUGUCAAACACUGGCAGGAGAUCACAGGAUACGUAGAGUGCAUUUUUAACAUAUUUGAUUUAAUUUGUGGUUUCUCAAGAAAAAAGUCUGUUUAUAUGUACAUUUUAUAAUACAAUUUUUUCAUAGUAUUGAAAGCUGACAUUUUAAGUACUAAAAUAAAUUAAAUAGUAAUGGCACCAGGAGUGACAUAAUUGUUGUUUCCUACUUUUUAAAAACUGUACAAGAAAUAAAUUGAUUGGUGCUACUGAAGUCAGAUGCAAAUGAAAUAUACAACAAUAUACAGUU